AUGCAGUUAGAAGGGAAACAGCGGAAGAAGCAGCAGCAACAACAGCAGCAGCACCAGCAGCAACAGCAGCAGCAGCAACAGCAGCAGCAGCAACAGCAGCAGCAGCAACAGCCCCACCAACUGCAGCAACUGCAGCACAACCGCCAGCAGCAGCAGAAAUUGCACCGAAACCAACAGCAGCAGCAACAGUACCACCGACAGCAGCAGCAACAGCAGCAGCAACAGAAGCAACAGCAGCAGCAGCAGCAACAGCAACAGCAGCAGCAGCAGCAGACUACGUACAGUCCAUGGGGGGGAGAAGCCGUCGGGGGUUUCUCCUGCAGCUGCCAGCGCACGUCGACCUGA